CCUUGUGCAAAAUUGACAGCUGUCACCUCAACGUCUGCUAAAGUCUGCUUCACUGUAACAAUAACAAGAAAAUUCAAAACAUGUUCUAGCUAGAGAUAAAAUAUAUAACUUAAAUUUUUACGAAAACAUAAUGUUCGUAAUGAGUGUCUUUUUUAUUUAUUUUCGAUAGUAAUUUUUUUACAAAAAUUGAUAUUUGCAUUGUAAUUUAGAGACGUGAUACUAUAAAAAAAAUGAACAACCAAAGUGCAGCCGGUCUGAGACGGUCAGCCGUAGCAGAAAGGAUACGUCUCAGAGAGGAAUGGUCAGCACUUAAAGGAACACAGAAUCAAUUACAAAGUCGAAAAGAUUGUGAAAGUAUUGCAAAACAGAAAAAAACUCAUAACUGGACCAGUAAAGUGAGAUCCGUUAAAAACAAUGUCGGAAUUGUGGGAAAAGAAAAUAAGAACUCUGAAAUACCAAUGACGAGUGAAGCAUUACGAGGAAUAGUGGCAUUAGUGGAAGUGGGAUCUGCGUCUAAAGCUCUUGCACUUAGAGCUGCCCUCACCGCUCUGGGUGCUUCUGUGAUGCCGAAAUGGAGUCCCCUUGUCACUCAUUUAAUUUGGUCUCAAGGUGGAUGUCGGUCAGUCCGCAGGCGGGCUCGAGCCUUGGCCUGCAGAUUAGUGUCCCCGAUGUGGGUGGAGGCCUGCGCCACUGCAGCCCGCCGGAUUCCGGAGACGACCUUCCCGGCAGCGGCCAGACAAUCUGACAUACCCUCACCUAGGACCCUCAGGCAAUUGCUGAAAAAAGCAGAAAUGGAGAAUGUCUCCAUAAUGGACCUCCUAUCGGAUAAAGAAGAAAGGGAAGCUAAGCAAUUAAGGUUCCGUGUCUCCACCGACUCCGAGGCGAAUUCCAGCGGUGACGUCACUGUUAAUACGUCACGCGAUCAAUCUAAUGACACCAUAGAUUUAGGAACCCGCGUGAACACGGCUCCCCGCAGAGCCUUGCCUGCCUCCGCGUCGAUAAGUCCCCGACCUCCCGUCAGGUCCAGGAGGAAACUCUUCACGCAGAAGGAGCCUGAAGCAGAGAGCUCCACUGACGCGGAGUCAGACAACGAAAACAAGGAUAGGCAAAACAAAACAAGUAAAAAGCUUACCCAAAAAGAUCGGAAUGGCUUAGCUCAAGCCGAGCGCAUGGCGAGGAAGAUGCUCGGCCAGCGCACAGACAUCACCAGCGCCAGAAGCGACGCAGAAUAUAGAAUUGUGCUAACGGGCAUGAACCGCGACGAAAGACACGAGGUAGUGGAGUGUGUCCGCGCGCUGGGCGGGCGCGUGCUGAGCCGCGUCAACCGGACCACGACGCACGUGCUGCUCGGCUCGUGCCGUGCCGCCCCGCAUGCAACAGACGCCGUGUCAGGUGUGGCGCCGCAUACGCAGAACCCAGAUUCCCAGAACGUGAAUGUAGACUUGCCGCAAAAGGCUCGCACCCUGAACUCGUUGGAGGGGGCGGCGCGCGGGUGCCGCGUGCUGGCGGCGCGCUGGGCCCGGGACUCCGCGGCCGCCGGGCGCUGGUUGCACCACGCCGCCUACGAGGUGCCGCAUCUCAAGAAAAUAUCGCAGAAGGCGCGGUUGGAGCGCGCAGCCCUCGGGAAGCGGAGGUCCGAGUACGCUUACGACGUGUUCAGCGGCAUGCGCGUGCACGUGUCCGCGGGCGACGCGCAGGAGGGCCCGGCCGCGCGGCUGCUGGCGCUGUGCGGCGCCGAGCUGUGCCCCGCCGCGGCGGACGCGGACCUGGCGGUGGGCGCGGGCGCCGGCACCGUCGCCUGCAAGUGGGUCUUCGACAGCGUAGCCGCCGCCAGGAUGAGGACCGUGAGGCGGUACAUCAACUAACCACUACAGUACCAGCUAUUGAUUCCACGUUUUACAAUGCCCUCCACACCGCCAGAGACAAGAAUGGAUGGAGAAAGAUCGUGCGUGCGAAGGUGAUACAAAAGGGUGGUCACGACCCUCAGCUAUGAGGAAUACAACGCAAGGAAAACAGUACCAGCCAAUAAAUAUCGCACAUCGGUAUUUAGCUCACCUCCACGGUGUUCCCCGAGCGCUAUGCCAUGUCCUUCUUCAAACGAAGCUUGCGGAGAGUACUUCACGGUCGACACCGGCUUGACUCUGCCCCUGGCAUUGCUGAAGUCCAUGGGCGACGGUAAUCACUCACCAACAGGUGGGCCGUAUGCUCGUUUGCCUACAAAGGCAAUAAAAAAAAGAAUUGUAAUGUAUUUCAUUUACUUAAAAGAAAUUUGUUGAUGUGAAACAUCUAUAGCCGCACGUAAAACCGAUUUCUGGCGUGGCGACGCAUGCCGUGGUGACGCGUCGCCACGCUAUAUGAUGGUGUAUAUAACACAGUCUAUAUGCAGUAGUGUGUACGGUGUGGCGACGCGUCGCCAUGCGCAAUCGACUGUGCGAUUCUCUCCCACUCGAUCCGGCGUUAAGCCAUCUCGCUCGCUACACUGAGCUCGGAUACCUAUAGUGUAUACUCCGUAGUGUAUACAGUGUUGUUUACUACAGUACGUACACAUAACCUGUGUUUUACUUGAAAACAAAUUAUUUUUUCGUAAUAUUUUAUUUUAUCAUUAUGACAUAUUUAGUUCCUAUCACAAUCUGUUCUUUUCUGCAUGUUAUUUUACAAAAUAAUGUCAAUGUUUCACAUCAGCCAGGCGUCCCGUGACGGCUCACAUUUUUUUUAAAAAUUGGAACUAAGAUCUGAUGUGAGUGUUACUGAUAUCACUAUCAUACCUCCCAACUGAUUUUCUAUUGACUCUCAUGUCAACACGGAACUGAGAAGACUCUACAAUAUAAAUCAUUUUAUUAUAAUAAUAAAGCUAUACAACAGUGUUGCCAUGAAUUUUUCGAUUAAGUUUUAACAACGUAUACAGAUUUUGUAAGUUUACAAAGGUUUUUGAGAAUGAAUUAAUUUUAAGAUUUCUUAUUUGUAAAUAAAUGUAACUCAGUCGAUAAUAAUGAGUAUGUGUUGAAAUGUUUAAAAAAAAUUGUGUUUUUAUUUAUUUAAUAAAUUUAUUUCCAAGAAUA